GGUACCCCACUGCUUCUCGUGGGAUUGGAGUUUCGCCUGGACUCAUCAUUCCUGAUUUUGUGGAUGCCAUAUACACCGAAGUCCUGAUCGCCAGACAUGAGCACCUUAUGAUCCGCUUCGAUCUCGCCCUCUGACCUUGUUACCCAUCUCUUCAUACCCAAGUCGGCGCCCUCUAGUACAGACGGAUCGCGACACCAGCAUAGGUAAACCUCAGGAAACAUACUCUCCAGUGCUCUUCGGAGCUCCAAGCAGAAAACACCACCGGGCUACUCAAGCUCCGACUGCAGCCAGAACGAGGGAAGGCCGCAGGAGACAAAACGAACAGCGCGUCCGAACAGACGCCCUGGGGACUCAGACCACGGAACGUACAGAAGAUGCGGCGGUAGCAGUAGUCAUCCAGCUUGCCAGGUCGCCAAGCGUCGAGGGAACCCGGGCCAUCCACCACACAGCAAUGCGCACGAAUACCUCGUCCCACUACAAGAUACCCAGGUAGAUAUACCUUUAUGCAAACCGCCACCGCAAGAUGGCAGAGGAAGACAUUCGCGAGGUUGAAAUAUCCACCAUAAACGCCAUAUACCCCGAGUUGCAGGUCGACGACCACGACCCUCACACCGUCUCUGUCGAGCUCCCCGUGAGCCUGGCCAAGCCCGUCACCGUACUCUUCCCAGCCACCGCCGACGGCGCACCUCCGGUCGAGCCGGCGCGCUCACAGCAGGCCCCAGUCGAGCCGGCGGUAGACUCGCACGCCUUGUCCAAUUUGCCCUCGCUACAGGUUCGCAUAACCCUACCGGAUGGAUAUCCCCAGAAGAAACCGCCCAAGGUGUCCCUCUCCACUUCGCCUCCGUGGCUGUCGGGCCGCACCUUGCGCAAGCUUGAGGGCGACGUGGAGACCCUGUGGGAAGAGUUUGGCCGCGACCAGGUCAUCUUCACGUACAUCGAUAAUCUACAGCAGUCGAUCGGGGACGUCUUUGGCCUGGUCGACGCCCAGGGGUGCUUGGAAGUCAGCCCCGAGCACAAGCUGGCCAUCCUCGACUACGAUAUCAAAGCCAAGCAAGCCGCUUUCGAGAAGGAAACUUUCGGAUGUGGUAUAUGCCUAGACCCUAAAAAGGGGCGCGUGUGCCAUAGGAUGCUCGACUGUGGUCAUGUCUUCUGCGUCAAGUGUCUACAGGACUUCUAUAACAACGCUAUUGCGGAAGGCGACGUCGCUUCCGUCCAGUGUCUAGAGCCAAAAUGCGCCAAGAGGCGGGAAGACGCCGUAAGAGGUUCUGUCAAGAAGAAAGCGAAGACGCACAUCAGCCCGAGUGAAUUGCUGCAGAUCCCCCUAGAACAAGAUACGGUCAAACGCUAUGUCAUGCUCAAGUACAAGACCGAGCUCGAGUCAGACAAGAACACGGUUUACUGCCCUCGCUCCUGGUGCCAGGGCGCGGCCCGGUCGAAGAAACACAAGAAACCCAAGGAGCUCGAGUUCGUCGAGGCGUCCGACGAGGAGUCCAACACGGAAGACGACGCGGAGGAAAAUAACGACAAAGCGAAGAGCAAUUCCUCGAGCCAGGAUCUGCUUGCCAUCUGCGACGACUGCGGCUUCGCCUUCUGUAUUCGAUGCGGACAGUCGUGGCACGGCGAAUUCAAGUACUGCAUACCGAAGGAACGCAAGGACGAGAUUACGGAAGAGGAGAAAGCAUCACUCGAUUACAUGAGGAUGCACACGACGCCGUGCCCGACGUGCGCUGCUCCGUGUCAGAAGACGCACGGCUGCAACCAUAUGAGGUGUUUCAGAUGCCAGACGCACUUCUGCUACCUCUGCUCCGCCUGGCUCGACCCCUCAAACCCGUAUCGGCACUUCAACGUUCAACCUUCGGGUGAGGUUAACGGCUGUUUCAUGAGGCUCUGGGAGCUGGAGGGAGGAGACGGUAUCGAUGUCGGGAACGGAUUCGAAGGAGGGGGGGGCGUUUUGGGCGCUAAUGCCGCUCAACAGCGUCUUGGACCAGCUGGCGACCUUGUAGAAGACUCGGGGGACGAGUCUGACGAGGCUGACCCGGAAGUGGUGCCGGCAGACGCACGUCAUCAACGACCGCAGGUAAGACCUCGUCAACCCCGACCCCCAAGAAUACAGCCUGGCGAGAGAGUCGCCGUCGAGCGCGAAGGGCCUCUCGUGCUCCGGAUCGAGGGCAACGCACCGCCGGCCCAAGCGAGAGCGGUAAACCCUCCAGCGCCACCAGCUGCUCGUCCAGCCGGCGGCGUCCCAGGUCCCCGUAGAGAGGCCGCUCACGCUGUCAACGCGGGUCAGCGAAGGGGUCGAGGAAAUAGGGGAGGCAGAGGUCAAGGAGUAAACCGGCAAAACAACCGGAAUCGACCGCAGGGGGAACAGCAACCGCAGCAGAACCAGCCGUUGAACAACAACGGUCGCAACGUCCAGGACAGGAUGGGGGGUGGCGAGGCACUCGGAGGCGACGGUCAACUAGAUGCGAGGCAGGAAGCGUGGAUCCGCCAAUUCGUGCAAUUAGCACUCAACGAUCAGGAGGAUCUCGUCGAGUGGGAUAGUGAGGACGAUUAGGUCGCGAGUACGUUCACGCACACUCUUUCUCCGUCUGCC